AUGAGGCUCGACCCAGUGCACUUCUCCAUGCUGGUCAUCGGGGUUUCGUUCGCCUGCUACGCCCCGAGCCUCAACUCCCUACAGGACCAGGCGUACCGCUCGGCCGUGGUGAUCGAGGGCGAGGUGAGCUCCUUCCCCGAUAAAAACACCUCGUCCCGGGAGCCCUACAGUGUGAAUGUCAGAGUGCUGGACGUGUGGCCCGUGAACAGCGGCGGCCUUGAGCGGGAGCAGCUCGUCACUGUGGGGGACUUCGGCUCCGAGGCCCCGUGCACCCCCGUGGAGAAGGACCACCGCUAUAUCUUUUUCAUGGACCCCACGGGCGAGCCGCUGGUCUUCAAGGCUUCGUACGCCCCCGUGGACGCCAGCGAGCCCGAGUUAAAGAAGGACGUGGAACGGGUUUUGUGCGAGGACUGCGCAACGCCCCCUCGGCUGCGGCCCAUGCGUGGGCAAACUCUUGUGGAGGGUGAGCGUUUGUACCUGAAGUGUGAGGCGGCCGGCAGCCCCAGUCCAGGCUUCAGGUGGUACAAGGACGGCCACGAACUGCAGAAGGGACGGGACCUCAAGAUCAAGACCAAUAAAAAAAACUCCAAGCUGCAGAUCAGCCGAGUGCGCGUGGAGGACUCGGGGAACUACACCUGUGUUGCAGAGAACUCUCUCGGACAAGAAAAUGCCACCAGCUUCAUCAGCGUACAUCUAUUGAGCACCACCAGCCCCCCUCCUGGAGUGAGUUACGCCCGUGCCUGUAACGAGUCGGAGAAGGCCUACUGUGUGAACGGAGGAGACUGUUACAUCAUCCACGGCAUCAACCAGCUCUCCUGCAAGUGUCCAAACGACUACACGGGGGAUCGCUGUCAGAACUCGGUCAUGGCUGGCUUCUACAAGCUGCUCAGAAUUGAGUUUAUAGUUGCAGAGGAGUUGUACCAGAGGAGAGUCCUGACCAUCACAGGGAUCUGCGUGGCUUUGCUAGUGGUCGGCAUUGUGUGUGUGGUGGCGUACUGCAAAACCAAGAAACGGAGGAAGAAAAUGCACCACAUCCAUCAGAACCAGAACCAGUGUGUGGAGCAGCCAAACCGAAUGCUCGCCAACGGCCCCAACCACCCAGGACCUGGGCCCGAGGAGAUCCCCAUGGCAGAUUAUAUCUCUAAGAGUGUCCCGACCACAGAGUGUGUGAUCAGCCAUGGGGCUGAGGGGGCAGGGAACUACGCAGGCAGCCGGAUGUCCACGCGCUCACACCACUCCACCACCGCCUCCCAUGCUUCGCGCUAUGGCUCCAGACAUGAGGAGCAGACAUGGAGCAUGGAGCGCACAGAGAGCAUGAACUCCGAUUGCCAGUCAGGCCUGUCCAGCUCCGUGGGCACCAGUAAGUGCAGCAGCCCAGCCUGCAUGGCCCGCAGAGCUCACUGGGGCUGCACCGAGGGCUCUGGGACCGGGAUGACCUAUGGGGACUCCUACGACUCCCUGCGCGACUCCCCUCACAGUGACAGAUAUGUGUCAGCCCUGACCACCCCAGCCCGACUGUCUCCAGUGGAGUUCCACUACCCCCCGCUGCCCCCACAGGUGCCCACGUUUCAGAUCACCUCCCCCAACACGAGCCACGCCCUGUCCCUGCCCCCAGCAGCCGCCGCCUACCACCGAGAGGAUGACCAGCCGCUGCUACGAUGCCCGGAGGACCGCAGUCUGUACCGACAGCCACGGCGGCCCCGGCGGCCCUACUUGACGGAGAGCACGGGCAGCCUGCCCUCCAGUCCGUACCACGCUCCGGACGAGGAGGCGUAUGAGACCACGCAGGAAUACGCCUCGUCCCGAGAGCCAAUCCGGAGCCGGCGCCGACCGCGCAGGAACCGUCUCAACGGACACAUCUCCCAGCGCAGCGGCCUACAGGACUACAGGGACUACAGCUCCCAGAGCUUCAGCGGCUCCGAGGAGGAAGAGGAGGAGGGCGAGAGCACGCCUUUCCUCAGUAUGCAGAACAUGAACGUGGACCCAGGGCGGCCCGCAGAGUCUCGGACACACCGCGGCCUCAGUCGGCCCGGGCGCUCGCAGUCUCAUCGCUCCAAAGCUGACAACAUGCCCCUCUAAGCCCCGCCCAUCACCACUAGGAGAAAUAUUUUUAUUUUGUAUAACAGACAGAUAUUCUAAACAAAGGAAAUAUUUAUUUUCAUUGUCUACUAGCUAACAGCAAAGACUUUUUUUAUAAGGGGGGAUAUUUAUAUGUCGAGUUUUUUGAUUUACAGCAUUAUGAGAGAUGAAAAAAUAAGAGAAUUACGUGCCAAUUUUUUCACGAGUUAGAUAACUAGAAUAAUAUUGUGGUGCCUUUUGCUGUAUGCUGAAGUCGGAGGUCCCAUUGAGUUUUGUAGCCUUUCUUAUGAAGACUCCUGGUUUUUAUAGAGUCCCACCCUUGUCCUCCUCUCCCGUUGGUUUUGCUCUGGUUUGGGAUCUUCCUCUUUUGAACUGUGAUUCUGUUCUGAUCAUGCAAUAUCGCCUCCCUGUGUCAGAGCUGUCAGUUUACAUGGUUUUGUCCAUGCCGCCCCAGGUGCAGGUAGAGUGGCUGAUUUCACACAUAGAUUUAGGUCUCCGCCCGUUCCUCAUGUUUCUGUUAGUUUUACGGAGCUGUGGUGUUGAUCAGUUAUUAUGCGUAGGCCAAUGGCUGUGUCUGAAAUCACUCACUCAUACUCACAAGUAUGUCUUGAUUCAACAUUAUUCAUAGAAAACAUGUAUUUACUUUGCAUGACCUAGAGGUCCACUUUUUGCAAGCUUAUUGGUAGGGUUGCAAAGAUGAAUCAUCAUAUUUUGAUAACUGUAAUCAUUAUCUGGACCAUACAGACUCUAAAACUCAUACAAAAAACUUUUUGUAGACACUGGAUAUUAAAUCUGGUUUUCAUUAAUAAUACACAUUAAUUUGUAAAUAUGCUUUAUCUAAAAGCCUUCUGUCACCACAUUUUAACCUUCAUUUAGUUCAUAAUGUAUUUAAAACUAUCAGUGUACAAUAGAAUUAAUCAUUUGACUUGUCAGCUACUAAAAUAAUGGUUCAUUGCAGCCCUACUCAUCAGAUUUAUGGUUGUAGCUGUCCAACCCAUUGAUUUUAUAACAGCAGUAUUGUAUUGUGGUGCAAAGUCAGGAACAUAGAGACUUCAGACCAUCUAAUACAUCACAUACAUCAUAAACUGAAGAAAGGGAAAGUCUAAUUAAAACAGAACUCGUUCAUUUCUAAACAGUUUGUUGUGGUCCAAAGUUAUUCCUCACUUACUUUAUGUAUUUUGCACCAUAAUUAUUCACUGUGAUGAGUUUAUAAGUACUUUUUUCAACUCUCAGAGACCAGAGAGGAGUUUCUCCAUCACAGUAAUGCUAACUACAACUUGCAUCCUAAUGCUGAUUAUCGGACAAUAGAACACUUUAUAAUUAGAUGCAGACAGUACAGAGGGAACCUAUUUUGACUUCAAGAGCUGGUUAUACUAUAAUGUACUGGCACUAGACACAAUUUGUGCAAAUACAUGGAAUACAUCUGGUACAGGCCUUUAACAGUAGCUUUAAUUUAGAAAAUACUCUAUUUGAAGUCCAUGUAAACAUGUGGGUGGCCUAGGAAAGGACAAUACAUGAGUGAUUUUGGACACAUCCUUUGUAUCUGACCUCUCCUAUCUCCUGUUUGAUUGACAAGCUCCUUCCAACAAUCCCCUCGCUGCCACAGGCUCCAUUGCACUGUUAGUCCCGCCCUCCCGGAGCAGUGAUUGGCCGGAGCCGCCCCUGAGCUGUCCGUAGACCAGUUAAAAUCCAGCCUCAGACUCCGGCCUCUCGCCCCGACUGCCCUUUGCGUUUCCUAUGCCAGCAGCUUAGUGCCGCACUGUGUCUCAGGACUUCCCCAUGACAUCAGCCCAACCUCUUCGGCCUGGUCUACAUGAUUUGAUAUUUGAUUUCACAUUGACAUUACAAGAGCGCCUUGGAGAAUGAAGAAAGAGACUGCCGUUUGUUUUGUUAAAAGGGUUUAUCAUGUUAAAAUAGUCAGGUUUCACUGAUGCAGUACAGUAUUGGAUUUAGGGCUGCAAGAUUACCUGUAAAUACAGAGGUCAUGAUAGCAAAUUUAGUGAUUUGAUUAUUGUGAAACAAAACAUAUGAUAAUUCACAUGAUAAUUCAUUCUCUGACCAAAACAAUAGUGCAGUUCUCAUCCAUUCAUAUGUUUUAAUAAAUCCCCUUUCCUUUGAAACAAAAUUCAUAAACUACGGCAGUAUAGUGCACCAUAAAACAAUUAUAAUAGCAAAUAUAAUCUAGGAUAAAAUAGAAAUAAGGGCAUUUUUUAUCAUACUCCAGAUUUAUGAAAUCAAACUUUCUGUAUGAUUAAGUAAAGUAAAGUAAAGUGAAUGUGCACUAUUCAUUUAAGUUUACGGUUUUGGAGUAUAAAUUGAAUUAAAACAAAAAUUAUCAUGAGGUUGUUUUUUUUUGCAAUUAUAACGUGACAUGUAUAGUCAAAUUUUUUGAUUACCUGAAUAAUUUUGACAUGCCUACCAGCAAUCAAAUCUUAAUUUUAUGUUGUCGCCUUUGAAGAAGCUCAUUUCAAUGGCAGCAGUUGUUGAAGUGAUAAUUUUCUUUCCAUGGAACAAAAUAUUCGGUCUCCAUGGGGCUAUCUACCAUAAGCUACCAUCUGUAAUUAGGUUGGCCAACCCAUCCCUGUUAUAUAGGUUUCACAUCUGCCAUCUACUGGUGAAAAAAAAUCUAAUAAACUUGCAGGUGGUUGCUUUAAAACCUGUUAACCCUGUAGCUUAGUCCUCUACAAACAUGUUCUGAAAUACACAUGAUUGUUGUAUUAGUUUAGCAGAUCACUGUAAAGUCUUCUCAAAUGUUUAUGCUCCAAAAAUGUGCACUGUGACUCUAAAGCUGAAGUACCUGAUUUUCAAACCGUGAAAGAAGGAAGCGCGUUUAAGUCUAUCAAAUCAAUACUCUCACAAACCCUUUGGCAUCACUCGCAUGCAUGGAAUUUUCAGACAGAAAAGUGAAGCAGAGAGGAUCACCAAAGCACAGCCAAUCAACUCUCAUCCCAAAGCUUCAAGUAGAGAUUCACAUGGCUCUGUCUUAAUAGUUUACUAGUUUGUGAAUAAUUAUUUUUUUUGAAUUAAACUAAUUGGAAAUCAAAUUGACAUACUUUUUGUUGGCCCACAUUUGGCAGAUUAGACUUACUAUUAGCUUUGUAUAUUAAUAAUAACCAGAACUGUCACCACAGCUGUGCAUCACUUCACUGUUUUUUAUUGAAUUCAAAGUAAUCCAUCUGAAACCUGGCUGGACCUGUACUGUACUGCCCAGUUGAAAUGUGGCUAACAACAAUCGCUGUGUUUAUGAAAGAUUACCCAAGUUCAGGCAUGGUAUCAGGGUCAUAUGUUUUUGGUCAAAGAUGUCCUGGCUCCUCACUUGUUUCUCUUUCAAUCCUGAAUCUCUAAUGCCUUCUGCAGCUAUGGUUUAACACUGUAUCAAUGGGAGAAGCUGUUUAUAAGAGGUUUUGUUUAGCUCAGUACUAAUGAUGCUAACUGAUAACUGCAUCCUUGGUUUUGCUUUUUGAUAUAUUUCUAGAUACUUUGCUUGGUCAUAUUGACUGAAUGAUCUGUCAUGUGUUUGUCUUUGUCCUUCCUGUCACCGCACAUCUCCUGACCUUUCACCUUUACUUCCUGUUUACUGACCUCAGAAGCAUCGACAACACAUUAAUAAAUCACCAACACUCACACACAUGUAUUUAGCCUGGUGAUGUGAGCUGUGGGCUGUAAUUAUCAUGGACAAUAGUGAAAUGUCAAAUCAACUUCAGCGUUUUCAAACUAUAGAUCUGAUAUAUGUUGCCUACAAAUCAAUCUCAAAAUUGCUGUUUUGAAGUUAUGGAAAAUUUUUAUAUUGAGUAUAUUUACUGCUUUAACCUCCUGAGACCUGAGCUCUCGCAUGAGAUACUUUAUUAAUUUCUCUUUUUUAUUUGGGCUGACUGGGACCAGAUGAGUGUAAAUACAAAGAAUUAUCUUUUUACAUUAUGUAGUUUCUGAGAAAAAAAUAUGUAAAUCAAAUGUCCUCAUAUGUGGACAUUUUCAUCAUUUUGAUAAAACAUUUGAAUAAUGAUUUGCAAAAUCUAUUUAUUAAGACCCUGAAAACAGCAACAUUUGUCCUGAAUGUAAAAACAAAAUGUGAAACAACAAUUGUGCCUCUUGGAACAAUGUGUCUCGUGUGAAGAGCUGCUGACAGCAGCAGGAAGAAAAUUUAAAAAAAUUAAAAUAAAAUAUUCUAAACAUUCUAAACUGUUAAAAAAUGAAUAUAUAUAUAAUAUAUUUGCAUUGUUGUUGUUCUUGUAUGCUGUUAUUCUUCUAAAAAUUUGCAUUGUGGCCUAGACAACCCAAAAUGUGUUGUCCACAUAUGAGGACGCCAGGUCUCAGUAGGAUAAGAAAAUGUUUUAGUUUGACUUCAUGCUGUCACAUGAACUAAAAUUUCAAACUUGAUUUUGAUACUAAGGAAAAGAUUCAAUACUGAUUUCAACACCACAAUGAUAAUACAAUGUGAUCUACAUUCUACUAGUUUUGAUAUAGAUCAAAGCGAGAUGUAUGCUGUAUAUGAGUGUUGAUGGUUUUCUCUUAUUCACAAGUAAGUACAGAGCUGUGGCCGGAGAUGGGGGGUAGGUGAAAACAGAUAGUUCCUGAGCACUCACACCUCAAAUGCAAGAGACAGUUCAGGAUUUCUCAGAUGUGCAUGAAUAAAAUACAAUUUUGAGUAAGCUAAUGAUGAGGGAACACUAAAUCUCACUAAGUGUCUUUUAAAGGUGCUGUAGCAGAUUUUUAUUGUCUUAAAAAUGUGAAAAACAGAACUAGUUCAUUUGAAAAAAACUGGCCCAGAUUUAUUCCUCAUUUACUUUAUGCAUUCUGAGCAUCCUAAUUAUUCACGGCGAUGAGUUUAUAAGCACAUUUUGCAGCUUUCAGAGACUUUCCAAAGCUUUUGCAUUUCACAGUACAGCUGCCAACAAUUAGCAUGCUAAUACGCACUUCUUGAUUAUCAUACAAUAAAACCCUCUAGAAUCAGAUGCAGACAGUACAUAGCAGACUUAUUUUGACCUCAAGAGCUGAUUAUACAUAAUAUCUGUACUGGGGCAAGACAAAUGUUGCUUAAAUACAUGGGAAGAAAUUCAGUACGUCUUUCACAAUGAAAAAAAAAUCCAAGAAUAGAUGACUCUGAGGACAUUAAAACACGUUGUCCAUGUUCAUCGACAGCCUACAGCCUCAAACACUUUAACACAACACAGUGAUGGAGAUACUCCUCUAUUACACAGGGUUUGGACUGAAUCACUCUUAAUUUGAAAAGUAGUGUUAACUUUUAUUCUGAAACGACACAGGAAAUGCAUGAACCACGUUAAAAGUUCAACUCAAAAUAGUGGGGAAUCAUGUAGGAUUAUUAUUAGGCACAAAUUACUGACUAGUUUUGACUAUUUACUGGAUGGGAAGUUGGGGGGAGUGAGAAUCUAUAGUGUGCUUAUAGUUAUAGCUGACCUGGUUUCCCCGCAUCCAUUGACACACUACUAAAGCACACAUAUCCACCCAUCUCUACUUGUGUUUGUCGAGCAUUUUGUCUUUUUUAACCUACUCCUAACCCUUUUUCGUCCUCUGCAUGUCUAGUGGAACUGGUAGUUGGGUGCAUGGAAAAAGCAGCAAGCAAAAUCGUUUUUCCACACAAUGAAUAAAAAAAUAAAAAUUAAACGUGUCCUCAUUUUGACAUUCAGCAAUAAAUCCCCUCCUUAUCUCAUGUCCAUCCUUCUUCUUCUUGGAAUAUGCUAGAAGAUUUUUUGCAAGUUUUAUCAGAAAACAUUACGACUUGUAAAAGAAGAAAAAUCCAAAAACCACCCCUUCAUAUGGAAAAUAAAACUC